GUCCUUCGCCUCCUUUGAACAAAAUAAUCCCUCCAUUUUUCUGAAGGUAUGGGGAAUAAUAUUUCAUUUUUCUCCUCACCAGAACAGCCUUAAGUGCUGCGAUUAGAGAAGUUAUCUAUGGGAAGGUGGCUAAGCGAUUAGGUAAAGGGAAAGAAAAAACAUCAAAAUAAAGUACUGCGGAGGAAUUUUUGUCAAGCUGUGAGGCGACGCAGUGAGAAGAGUGAAGGCGAUUGAGAGGGGCUCAGGGAAUUGUCCCCUGUGCCAGGGACUUUCUUUAGGCCCCAGGCCCCUGCCUACCCCUGUCGUCAGCAGAGAGAUGGAAACCUUGAUGACUGGUUCCACCCUGCCUCCCCUUUUUGCAGAUGAAGAUGGUUCCAAGGAGAGUAAUGAUCUGGCUACAACUGGGAUAACCCACCCAGAGGUUCCAUAUAGUAGUGGAGCCUCAUCAUCCACAAAUAAUCCAGAAUUUGUUGAGGAUCUCUCCCAAGGUCAGUUGCUUCAGAAUGAGUCUUCAAAUACAGCAGAAGGCAAUGAACAGAGGCAUGAAGAUGAGCAAAGAAGUAAACGAGGAGGUUGGUCCAAAGGAAGAAAGAGGAAGAAACCUCUUCGAGACAGCAAUGCACCCAAAUCCCCCCUUACAGGAUAUGUUCGGUUCAUGAACGAGCGUCGAGAACAGCUUCGAGCAAAAAGACCAGAAGUCCCAUUUCCAGAAAUUACAAGGAUGUUAGGCAAUGAAUGGAGUAAACUUCCUCCAGAGGAAAAACAGCGCUACCUUGAUGAAGCAGACAGAGAUAAGGAGCGUUACAUGAAGGAACUGGAGCAGUAUCAGAAGACUGAGGCCUACAAGGUUUUCAGUAGGAAAACCCAGGACCGUCAGAAAGGCAAAUCUCAUAGGCAAGAUGCAGCCCGACAGGCCACUCAUGAUCAUGAGAAAGAAGCAGAGGUAAAGGAACGGUCUGUUUUUGACAUCCCUAUAUUUACAGAGGAAUUCCUGAACCACAGCAAAGCUCGGGAGGCAGAGCUCCGUCAGCUUCGAAAAUCCAACAUGGAGUUUGAGGAGAGGAACGCAGCCCUGCAAAAGCACGUGGAGAGCAUGCGCACAGCGGUGGAGAAGCUGGAGGUGGACGUGAUCCAGGAGCGGAGCCGCAACACCGUCUUACAGCAGCACCUGGAGACCCUGCGGCAGGUGUUGACAAGCAGCUUCGCCAGCAUGCCCUUGCCUGGAAGUGGAGAGACACCUACAGUGGACACUAUCGACUCCUAUAUGAACAGACUGCACAGUAUUAUUUUAGCUAAUCCCCAAGACAAUGAAAACUUCAUAGCUACAGUUCGAGAAGUUGUGAACAGGCUUGAUCGUUAGGGAAUGGUCUUAAAGCUCCAAGAUGUUCUGUAAGUGGUUUUACUUGUUUGGAAUGAGAAGCCAUCCAUGGAAAUUUGAAUUGAGUGGAGGCAGAGAGGGAGUACAGAUUACUCUGCUUGUGAAGGAACUGUCAGUUGAGUUAAAUGCCUUCACCCCAGGAAGCCAUAUGAGGGAGCAACAAAAGGAACAUGUAUGUGAACUUCCUAUGGAAUCGUCCUCGUGAAGCUUUGACCGUGUGCAGCCACUCUCCCAAGUCUUCAGUUUCCUAUCAUUUCUAUUUCUGUUAAAGUGGGUCUGCAUAUAUUCUGCUGACCAGGCGCCCCUGAGACUGGCAUCUUCUGCAGCAGAAUGGAAGCCUUCUUAUUGUUCUGCUUCAUUCAGAUUGGACUCUUUUAUCAGUGGCUCUGUGGUUUUAUCAGUGGUUUUCCUACCUAGCUGUCACUUUUUUUUAAUGCUUUUGGGGGUUAUUUUUUUAUUUCCUUCACCCCCACCAAGCUAGACAUCUCCAUUUUCUGACCUCUUGGCUUUGUUGCUCAGCAGGGUUCUGAAGGAGAGUUUCUCUCAUUGGCCAGGCCCAGUCUUCUCCCAUCAUUGUCCUGCUGUGACUCCAGAGAAAGGAGCUUCUUGUUGACAGUGUCCUGUGGAGUGAGGCUGUGUUUCGUACCCCACACAGCGCUCAGUGGGUGCCAGCCCUCGUGGAAGCUUUGUGGUUGCUGCCCUGAAGGAGAAUGCUCUUUCCUUCCUCCUUGGUACUGCCUGCUGUUUUCUGAGCAUUGCCUGCACAUACCCUGCGUCCCAGCCCCAGCAAGGCUCUUCUGUUCCCAUCUGUUGGCAGUGACUUGUGAAAUAUUUUUGCUGAGGAAAAGGUCAUUGGUAAACAGGACAGAACGAGAAAAGUAGUUUCUCAUUUGGUAUUGAAAAAAAUCCUAAAGUUUAUCAUAAGUGAAAACAGAGGGAAUCCCUGUCUGCUUGAGGUGUACCGAUUCAUGGAUAUGGAUGGGUGGAAAUGCCAUUCAGAAUAGCCUCCAGCUGAUGGAGAAGGACAUGGGGGAAUUCUCAUGUCCUUUGUCUUCCUUCUCUAAUCAUAACUGCAGAGUCUCUGUCAAAAGGACAGGCUUCCCUUCCUUCUCCCUGCUUAAUUAGUAAGUGAUUUUUUUUUUUUUUUUUUUUUUUUUUUAAGCACCAAAAGGGAAGAAGGGUUUCUGUUUCUCACCUCAGGGUUUGGUUUUGUUGUGUUGUGUUUGGAUGCUCUGGAGCACAAGGCUGGUGGUUGCAGCUGAGAUCUUUGGAGCCAAAGCAGGGCAUGCUGAGCCCAUUGUCUAGGCACCACCGCCACCGAAGGCGGGUGGAAGUGUGGCCCCCUCACAAUAUGCUCACAGGCCAGGGUGCAAGCCAGAAACCCCCGUCAUGUUGCUGCAUCAUCCUGUCUUCUCAGCAUCCCCUCCCCUGAUUUCUUUCUUAACCCAAAGGAAAUAAAACAACAACAAAAAACCUUUUUGAAAAUUCUGACACGAACACACAUCAAAUUUCCAUGUACCGAAGCCCAUAUAUCACCACUUGGCAGGCUUUUAGAAUAAGAGCCCAUCAUUAUCUAUUGCUGUAAACCUAGCCAACUCACCUGCUCUUCUCUAUUUUCUUGUUUUCCUGCUCUCACCUGCCAUUCCUGUCACUUCUCUCAGACUCCCUGCCUGCUAAGUCCAAGCUGGAAUGCACUGUCUGUCUGUGGCAGGACACCCAAGCCAGUUCUGGAAGUUUGUGUCUGCCUUCUGCCAAAUACUUUCUCUCCUUUCUUCCUCCUACUCUCUGUUUCUCCUUUGUGUCAGUUUUGCACAGCGUUCUUAGCAGUGCCGUAGACCAGGAAAGGCUGUAAGCUGGUCCAAAGAUCAUCAUUCUCCUGAGUCUAGCUAGGAUACCUGACAUUGACUUGAGACAUCUGCAUAUUCAGGAAAGCACGAGAUCUUGAGAAAGCCUACAGUCUGAAAUCAUUUUCACAAAAUAACAGCCUGCUUUUGACAUGCUGGCUGGCCCUCCUAGCAGCUACACACCUGACUCACUGGUGGCUGGGAUCCAGCUGCCACAAAACAAGCAGGUUCUGUGAAGCAGGUCUGCGUCACCUCCUCUCUCCUCUUUGCCCAGCCAGGAGGUAGUAAAUGAGGUCACAGGCUAACAUGAUACCUAAUUCACAUUUCCCAGUAAACUUGUAGAUGUUAUUGCACUUACAUGUUCUUCUCAAGAAAUAAGUUGUUGCCUAUUCAGUGUUACAGAUUUCUUUCUUUUUAUUGAAACACAAGGAGCAGCUGAGGAAAAUGAGACAAAGUGUUUUAUUUCUGACAAAAUAAAAUUUUAGAAAAAAAUUUGUGUACAUGUGUUUGAAACUGUUGAAAUGCCAAGUUUUCUGUACAAGUGUUUUUGUAAUUAAACUUUUAGAUUUUCUUUGUUUUUUAAGAAGUCGAUAUGCUUGCUUGACAUUUGCCUCAUUAAAACUUUUCUGUGUUGAAUCCA